AUGAACUUCAAAUCAAUUGCUGCUCUUGUUCUUGUCGCAGCCACUGCACCCACCGUUCGUGGUGGACCACUUGCCUAUGCAGCAUGCCAGACAGGGUGUAAUGUGCUAGCAGUUGCAUGCUAUGGAGCUGCUGGAUUUACUUUUGGCGUCACUGUUGUCGCUGGUCCCCCUGCCCUAAUUGCUUGCAACGUCGGGCUCGGUACAUGCAUGGCCACUUGCGCCACCGUUGCAUUAUUUGCGCCUACUCCUUGA